AUGAAAUAGGCCCUAAAACGUUAACAUGAUAUACUGACUUUACGUAACUGUAGGAAGAAUGGGUAGCUGAUUACUUUACUGGCAAGAACCGCAGAAUUCUGGAGCAGGCGCACAAAUGCUAGUUGUAUGACGUAAUAUUGUUGGACGGAGAAGUCAGUGAGGUCCCUAGUACUGGGGUCGCUUGCAGUGACUGGUGUUCCAGCGAAAGUGGUUUUCGUGAAGGGAGGGGCACAACGGAUACGGUGAGGAUAGAACGAAGAAGGAAGGUAGCACAAUGACGGGCCGUAGGCCCUCGGGAUGUGGUAUUUCCUGGAAACGGCACAUCGGAGAACAGCUGAGGCAGCGUGACAGGCAACAGAGGCAAGCUUUCGAGGAGCUCAUCCUGCAGUAUAACAAGCUCCUGGAGCGAUCAGACUUGCAGUUGGUAUUGGCUGAGAAACUACAUGUUGAUAAAUAUGAUUCUUCAAAUCGUCAUGAACUCAGCCCAGGCUCUGAUGGGAUGCGGAAUGAGGCAUUGCUGCAGGAAAUGGCUGAAAUGCGGAUGAAGCACCAGGAAGAGCUGACGGAACUGCACAAGAAGCGGGGAGAGCUUGCUCAGUCUGUUAUUGAGCUUAAUGACCAGAUGCAGAAGAAGGACAAAGAAAUCCAGGCCAACGAAGCCAGAAUAGCAGAGUACCAGCGGCAGAUUGCUGAACUGGAAAAGGAGUGCCAGGAACUCCAUUGCAGCUUGCAGGACUUGGAGCGAGCAAACCAAACACUAAAGGAUGAGUAUGAUGCCCUGCAGAUUACGUUCAAUGUCCUCGAGGAGAAACUUCGCAAAACCACAGAGGACAACCAGGAGUUGGUCACGCGCUGGAUGGCAGAGAAAGCACAGGAGGCCAAUCGCCUCAAUGCAGAGAAUGAAAAGGACUCCAAGAGGCGCCAAGCGAAGCUGCAGAAAGAUCUGGCAGAAGCAGCCAAAGAACCUGUACCAGUUGAUCAGGAUGAUGAUAUUGAAGUAUUGUGUGAGGAAACUACAGACCAUGGAGGGGAAGGAUCCUCACCUGAACAUGGACUCAACCGGACGCCCAGUAGAAAAUCACAGACUCAGCCUGGAAGCCUUCUCAACUCUCUCACCAACAUUUUUGGUCUGUCCGAGUCUCCAAUCCUAGGACACCGCUGCACUUCUUAUUCUGCCAGGAGACGCUCAGUAGAUUCAGUUUCCGAUGCCCAUGAUAAGGAAGUAUCUGCUGGGUUGCACUUGGACGUCAGAGUGCCGACUGUAGCACUUCAUAUAAUUGAUGCACAUGAAGGAGAAGUUAAUGCUGUUCGUUUUAGCCCUGGCUCCCGGUUGCUGGCAACGGGGGGAAUGGAUCGCAAGGUUAAAUUGUGGGAAGUAACUUCAGGGAGGUAUGAAAUUAAAGGUGCGUUAUCUGGAAGUAAUGCUGGAAUAACAAGCAUAGAGUUUGACGGCUCGGGUAACCACUUGCUGGCAGCUUCAAAUGACUUUGCAAGCAGAAUCUGGACAGUGGAGGACUUCCGGUUACGGCACACACUUACUGGCCAUAGUGGGAAGGUUUUGUCUGCAAAAUUCCUAUUGGACAACAGUAGGAUCGUCUCUGGGAGUCAUGACCGCACUCUUAAACUCUGGGACCUUCGCAGCAAAGUGUGUGUAAAAACAGUGUUUGCUGGCUCCAGCUGCAAUGACAUAGUGUGCACAGAGCAGUGUGUGAUGAGUGGCCACUAUGACAAGAAAGUCCGACUCUGGGAUAUCAGAACAGAAUGUGUUGUUCGAGAGCUGGAGCUACAAGGAAGGAUUACAUCUCUGGACUUGAACCCUGAGAGAACAGAGCUUCUGGCCUGCACAAGAGAUGACAAGCUGAACAUUCUCGACUUGCGCAGCACUGCUAUCAAGCAAACCUACAGUGCUGAAGGUUUUAAAUGUGGCUCAGACUGGACAAGAGUAACAUUCAGCCCUGAUGGCAGGUAUAUAGCAGCUGGUUCAUCUGAUGGUACCUUGUAUGUCUGGAAUGUGGUGACUGGGAAAGUGGAUAAAAUGCUGAGCAAACAUCACAGCUCUUCAGUAAAUGCUGUGGCAUGGUCACCCUCUGGCACUUUUGUGGUUAGCGUGGAUAGGGGAAGCAAAGCAGUAGUAUGGACUGAUCUUUGAUUUAGGAAGAUGAAACUUCAGUGCUUGUGCUGGUUGUAAAGGGACAGAAGGCUCACCUUUGGUCCAUAUUUUGACUGGGAAACUACAUUAGGAGGAAUUUAUUUCAUGUGCUUAUUGGAUCAGUACGUAAUGAGGAGUCCUGACCGAACUAGUGUGAUUGAACUGUAAAUGAUGAAAGGAAGACUGCUAUGCCUUUACCUGAAUAGUGAAGUUGUGUGGUGCAGAGCCGUCUCUGAACAUUUUAAUCAGGUUGCAUAUCAAUGAAAGAAAUGCCAUCACAAAUCAAAAGUCUGCUGAACACAGAACUUUGCUAUGGGCAUUGCCAUUGCUGGUACAUAGUGCCUUUGCCCAUCACGGGUCUGUGUUUAGUGCGGUUUUGUAGGACAUUAAGAUUCUGUUAAAUGAAUUGUUUAAGAAGUAGGAGUGUUUGAUACCCACAUAUUGGAUGCUCUUAUUUUCUGUGGUUUCUGGUACUUGGUGUGAGUACCUCAGUAAGAGUGGUAACCAGACCUUGCCUAUAAUUGCAUUGCUGUGGGCAAGCACAGCACUCACUACCGACAAGUAUAAUCUGCUUGCUGCUUUGCAAAGACUGCUAAAAUGUUUGUAUAUAUUUAUAUACGCAAGUGUACAUAUGUAUAGUUUUUAAUUCGGAGUAGCACAGAUGAUUGUGUUUUAUGGUCUUAUGAAGGAAAUAAAUGCCCCCCCCAUUUCAGCACUGUUUCAUGACCUGCCCAGACUGGCCUCCACCCCUUAACUACAUUUAGUCUUUGGGCACAAUAAGUUCUAAACAGUACAGCAUGUUCGCCCACUACUCUAAAAUAAAAGAUACAUACAUAUUCAUGUGUUAUAACCAGAAAUAAUCAUAGUAUAUAAUCAACAGUAAAUUUUGUGCAGUACCUUCCUGGUUUGAGCAGGUGCUCAACUCCCUUGCAUGUGAAUUGUACUGUCUUUGUCCAUUUUUCUGAUUGAGAAGUAAGUUUAUUUGCAUUGUUACUGAAGCCACUCACAAUCUCAGGACAAUCGGUCUGGCUAACCAUCUACAGAUGGCUGCUGUACAUGGUCCCAGGAAGUUGGUUUCAGCAGUACCAUUGGCCAUAUAAUUUUCCUGCAGUUUGAUUUUUCAGUUUUAGUAUGGAAUGAAUUUAGUUUAUACAGUACCAAAUCAUCUGUGUGCCAUGAUAUGCUGGUUAACACUCCUCACUUUUCUCAUGCACUUUAUUCUGUUUAUAUGGGGAUAAUACAUAAAGAUAACCCUGAGUUAACCUUGUAAACCACAUUCUGCUGAAAGUUCAUGUGUACAGACUAUUUUUGAACUGAUUGGGAAUACAGUUACAUUAGCUGGAUUUCA